UUAACUCUGAAAAAAAAGGUAGAGGCGGAUUCUUUGGUUUACUGUCCUGUUGAUGUAGGAGAUGUGAUAAGCGCCACCCACGGAAAUGAAGUAAUAGAUGAUAGCUUUGAGAACCAUGUGGUACAAACAUGGUCACAGAACUCUAUUUCCAAUAAUGAUGCACUUAUCGUCAACAAAAUUGACAGUAAACGUGACAUAUGCACAGAUGUUGACGUUGAGUACAACGUGUCGCCUACGUUAAGUGUAACAUUGCCUACUAUUUCAUCUGACUGUCGUCCACGGAGAAAAUCUAAUCAAAUUGAUAAAUACAACAUAUCACCAAUACACUCCGAUGAAAGCGAUGUUGAUCUAAGCGAUAAUGAUCCUACGUACUAUGUUGGGCAAGAGAACUCCAGCAAACUUAAGAACUUUACAAAAUUGGCCUCUACCUCUAAUCGCAAUUCGUCAUCUCGCAACAAUUCAUCUCCUUGCAGCUUUUCAUCAAAGAAGAAAGCCUCUAGCCGCAGUUUAUCUGGUAAUAGCUCAUCCAGUAGCAGUUCCUCAUCCAGCACCAGUUCGGCAUCUACAAACAGUUCAUCAUCCAGUUGCAAUAGCGGAUCGACUAACAAAUGCACUAAUAAAAAAGAUGGCAGCUGUUCUAUACCCAAUAGCAGAAAAAGGAAGAUUAAUCCUACAAAAUGGAAACAGACUGCCGCUAAAAUUGCGAGAAAUAGUGGUCAAGCUUACACGUCAAUGUCUAAAUCCAAGCGUCAAAUUAAGGCACGCUCAGUAAAACCUCCGUGUUCUGAAAAGUGUAGGUUCAAAUGUCGUGAAAACUUCAACGAGGAUCAGAGAUUAAUGCUUUUUAAUAAAUUUUGGGAGUUCAAUGACAUUAAUCUUCAACGAUCCUACAUCAAUUCGUGUAUGACUAAAAUUGCUCCAAAAUACCGUUAUUCUAAUGCACCAAAUCCAAGAGCAUUUAACCACGCAUUUUAUUUUACGGUUGAUAAUGGAAAACGACGAGUGUGUAAAACAUUUUUUUUGCAGACUUUGGACGUUACUGAUCGAGUGAUUCGUACCAUUAAAAGCAAGAUAGAUGACGAAGGUUUUGUACAAAAAGAUCUUAGAGGAAAACAUAAUGGACACAUAACUGUUGGCGCAAAUAUUAUUCAAGACAUGAAAGACCAUAUAAACUCUAUUCCCAGGAUCGAGUCUCAUUAUUUGAGAGCACAAACUACACGAGAGUACAUUGAUGGUUCUAGAACAAUCACAGAAUUAUACAGAGAUUAUAUGGAUAAUCAAAAGCAAAACAACAAGUCCUAUGGAAAGUUUAACAAGUUUUACGAAAUAUUCAAUACUGAGUUUAAUAUUAGUUUCUUUAAACCAAAGAAGGACCAGUGUGACUUAUGUAAUCAAUAUCUACUGUGCCCAGAAGCUAACAGACAAGAUAUUCAAGAAAAAUACGACACACAUUUGGAGGAGAAAGUUUUGUCCAGAGAAGAAAAGCGAAAAGAUCGUGACAACGUAAGCGAGACUACUGUUUGUGCCGUUUUUGAUCUUCAAGCAGUGAUGCAAUGUCCAAGGGGUGAUAUCUGUGCUUUUUACUAUAAAUCGAGGUUGAACAGUUUUAAUUUCACUAUAGUAGAAUUAGAUAAAUCAAACAAAAAUAAAAAGGAUUCCACAUAUUGCUGCUAUAAGAAUGUAAAUUGCUAUUUUUGGGACGAAACACAAGGUAAAAGAGGUUCUAAUGAAUUAGGAUCUUGCUUAUUUAAUUUCUUACAAUCUAUUGACGCGCGAUCAGCAGGACAAAAAGUAGACGUUAUUUUUUAUUCUGACAACUGUGGUGGCCAAAAUAAAAAUAAAUUUAUAGCUAGCCUCUGUUCAUUUGCGGUAGUGUAUUUUGAAAAUAUAAAUACCAUCACCCAUAAAUUUUUGAUACAAGGUCACACAGAAAAUGAAGGAGAUAAUGUUCAUAGCUUAAUCGAAAAAGAAGUCAAGAAGAGCCUCAAAUCCAGUCCAAUAUAUAUUCCACAGCAAUACGUAACCUUUAUCAGAACUGCAAAAAAACAUGGAUCACCAUUUGUUGUUCAUGAACUCGAUUAUAAUUAUUUUUAUGAUUUAAAAAAUCUACAAGAUCAAUGGGGCUAUAAUUAUAGUGAAAAUGAAGACAGAGAAAUAUUUACCUGGGGUAAUGUAAAAAUGUUGAAGUUUGUAAAAGAAGAUCCGUUUUACAUUUAUUACAAAACAUCUUAUAAAGAAGAUUUCAAAAGACUUAAUGUCAGAAACAAAAGAAAGAAAAUGCGAACACUUGAAGAAAUAGAGCUGCAAAAGCUCUUUUCUCAUGCAAUUGAACUAAGUACAAACAAAAAGAAAGAUCUCAGUGAUUUACUUAAAAAACAUUUGAUACCAAAUGCCUACGCUGCCUAUUAUAAAUCUUUUAUAUAAGAAAACUACUAUUGUAAGACAAAGUUACCUACUGAAACGAAUUUUUUUAUUUUUAUUUUUUGUUUAUUUGCCUGUUAAAAACAGAAACUUUUUAAUGUGAUUAUCAGUAACAAUUACCUGAUUAAUAAUAACCUUAGAUAUAAGAUUAUGAAGACUGCUUUAUGGAUUUGAAAUAAAUACUAUGUUUUUUUACGUUGUGAGUUUUAAUGUACUACCUUAGAUUCGUGGAAAUUUAUAGUAAAAUAAUGACUGAUUCCAUAAUAUGCCCCAAGGAGUUUUGGCAUCUUUCGUCUUAAAUGGGCUGAAGUCGUAAAAAGUUAAAAAAAAAAAAUAUUUUUACAAUAGAGUGACUUAAUUGGAAACUGUUUUAUAUUAAAUCUAAAAAAAUAUAUUUAAAAACAAUUAAAAUUGAAUUUUAUGUCAUCAGUUUGUACAUAAACGAUUAAUAUAUAGUUCCUCAAAAAAUUAAUCAUUUUCAAUGAAAUGUGUAAGAGAUACAUUCAAUCUAACUCAAAACUGUACUUUUUUGAAACCUUUAUUGCUCAUUUCCCA